AUGGCGAGUGAAGAAAUUCAUGGAUCCGGAUUUGUUCAGGCGUCGGUGCCUCCGUCCACCCUGCCCCAGUAUCCAGAGGAAAACAAAAAAAAAAAAAGCUCAUCUUCUUUGGCCCUUAUCAAAUAUUUUUCUACAUGUUUUAUGAUUAUGGCAGCAAUUAAAGCUCUAAACGAUAAGAACGGGUCAAACAAGUCAUUAAUCUCGAAGCACAUCGAGGCCACCUAUGGGGAUCUGCCGGCGGCGCACUCCACUCUGCUAACCCACCACCUCAACCGGAUGAGAUCGACUGGCCAGCUGCUCUUCAUUAAAAACAACUACGCCAUACCCGACCUAAGUGCACCACCUCGCCGCGGCCGGGGUCGCCCCCCUAAGCCCAAAACCCCCCUGCCGCCGGGGACCGUCCCCCAGCCGCCUCGUCCGCGUGGCAGGCCUCCCAAAUCCGCUCGGGAUCCGAUGGCUCCGCCGCCGCCGCCGCAGCCCAAGGCGACGGCCACGGUAGGUACACUCUCCGGGAAGAAACGCGGCCGGCCGCCGAAAGCUUCCACAGGGAAUGUGGCUCCGCACUCUCAGACCACUGGGGGUGUGCCUCGCGGGCGAGGUAGGCCGCCUAAAGUGAAGCCAGCUGCGACUGCGCCGGUUGGGGCUUGA